GAGCCUCUUCCAAUGGGUGGGCCAGACUUUGGUGCCUUGGGAGAGGAAGCUGAACUGGUUGAAGUUGAACCUGAAGCCAAGCAGGAAAUUCUUGAAAACAAAGAUGUGGUGGUUCAGCAUGUGCACUUCGAUGGACUUGGAAGGACCAAAGAUGACAUUAUCAUGUAUGAAAUCUCUGAUGUUUUCAAGGCUAAAAAUCUCAUUGAUGUGAUGAGAAAAUCGCAUGAAGCUCGUGAAAAGUUGCUUCGUCUAGGAAUCUUCAGACAGGUAGAGGUUCUGAUCGAUACCUGUCAGGGAGAUGAUGCCCUUCCAAAUGGUUUAGAUGUAAUCUUUGAGGUAACAGAAUUGAGAAGACUAACUGGAAGCUAUAAUACUAUGGUUGGCAACAAUGAAGGCAGUAUGGUACUUGGGCUCAAGUUCCCAAAUCUCUUUGGACGUGCAGAAAAGGUAACCUUCCAGUUCUCCUAUGGAACAAAGGAAACUUCAUAUGGCCUGUCAUUCUUCAAACCACAGCCUGGAAACUUUGAAAGAAAUUUUUCAGUUAACCUGUAUAAAGUAACUGGACAGUUCCCUUGGAGCUCUCUGCGUGAAACUGAUAGAGGAAUAUCAACAGAAUUUAAUUUUCCAAUCUGGAAGACCAAUCACACGCUGAAGUGGGAGGGUGUGUGGAGAGAACUUGGCUGCCUUGCUAGAACAGCAUCCUUUUCUGUUCGAGAAGAAAGUGGACACUCUCUUAAAUCUUCUCUCUCUCAUGCUAUGGUUAUUGAUUCCCGGAACUCUUCAAUCUUGCCAAGACGAGGUGCUUUGCUAAAAAUUAAUCAGGAAUUGGCUGGCUAUACAGGUGGAGACGUGAGCUUUCUAAAAGAGGAUUUUGAAUUUCAGUUGAAUAAGCAACUUAUCUGGGAUUCGGUUUUUUCAGCAUCACUUUGGGGUGGAAUGCUAGUACCUAUUGGAGACAAGCCAUCCAGUAUAGCUGAUAGGUUUUACCUUGGUGGACCAACAAGUGUGCGUGGAUUCAGUAUGUACAGCAUUGGACCCCAGAGUGAAGGUGAUUACUUGGGAGGAGAAGCCUACUGGGCUGGAGGCUUACAUCUGUACACCCCUCUUCCUUUCCGGCCAGGCCGGGGAGGGUUUGGAGACCUUUUCCGAACACAUUUCUUCCUUAAUGCUGGAAAUCUCUGCAAUCUUAAUUAUGGUGAUGGUCCCAGAGCUCACCUACAGAAGUUGGCAGAGUAUAUCCGAUGGUCUUAUGGUGCCGGAAUAGUGCUGCGACUUGGAAACAUUGCUAGAUUAGAACUUAACUACUGUUUCCCCAUGGGAGUACAGUCUGGUGACAGGAUAUGUGAUGGUGUUCAGUUUGGAGCAGGAAUCAGAUUUCUAUAAUACAGAAACAUUUUACAUCAGUAUAUGAAAUUGUGCUCUGUAAUUGAAAUGAAGACUGUAAUAUAGCUUGAUAAGGUCUAACGUUUUUCUUGAAAUACAGAUACACUGCUGAGCGAUUUACCUCUCAGACUCCACAAGAAACUACAUUAAAAAAUUAUGCUCUAAA